UGAUGUGUACUGUACGCUUAUUUAUUCUACCAUUUCUACCUUUUUACAAAGUCUGACACUUGACUUGACUGACAGUUUGAUUGAUAAUUGUGAAUCUCUCUCCCACUCCACACGAAUGGUAUCGUUGCAUAAACAAAUAUGAUACGAAUUCGUUCACAAUUUACUUUGUGAUGUGGGUUAUUAAAGGCUCUCAUACGGUUAUAUAGUACUUGACUUCCUUUUAUUGGAAGACUAUUUAGGUUCUGGUACAUGUUUGUAGAGAGAACAGAUUAAUUAAUAUUGGUUAAUGUUGUGAAUUUGUAAUAUUAAUUUAAGGGGAAACUAAAAUAGAUAAGUUUGUUUAUUUUCUUUAACCGAGAUAAUACUAUUGAAAAUGGAUUUUCUCAGGACACAAAAUAAAACAAAAUUGUUAUUUGAAAAACUUGUGGAGCCAAACUAUGUAUUGAAUAGUUAUUACGCUGACGGGCUUUUGAACAAAUUAUCACAAUGCACCGAUCCGGAUAUUUUGUUCUUGUGUCGGGGGCCUGUAAUAUCAGAUCUGAUCACAGAAUCGUUAGAUCAUAUCAACACGGUUCACAAUACCGUUAAGGUGUUUCUCAUAAGGGUUCUUGCUCAUGCCUCACAAAAAGAAUUACAUUUCGCUAAAAUAUUUGCAAGGCAGGGUGACAGAAUUCGCGCGGGAUUCGAAGAAGUAUGCAGUCCUAAGGUUAACCCUAGUAUAAGAGUAGCGUACAUGGAAGUAGCCCUAAGCAUUGUUAAACACAACUCAGGCAUGUCGUGGCUUUUGGAAUCUGGGGUAUGGAAAGAAAUACUCAAUUUAUGCAAUGAGAAAUCGACCGUCUUUGUUGAAAGGCAAAUAUGUAAAUUUAUGGCCGAAUUUCUUUGGAAACUUAAUGAUCUGGAUGAUUUACCUAACGUAAGGAUUAUAACCGGUCUUAUAUUACAAGCUAUUAGUAAACAUGACUUAAUAAAUGUUCAGUCGCUCACUGAUGAACAAGAAGAUGAGAUAUGUGACUCAAUAGGACCAUCAUUGAAUAUACUCCUGGCUGUUGCCAGCAAAGAUAAUCGAAUACAGACUCCGAGUUUGCUGAUGAGUGUGCUGAUACGAGAGUACAAACUAAACUCGCACUUAUACGUAGUGACCGAACGAAUUCGAAGAGAUGACACUACUUUGGCAACGGUAAAGUUACUAUUUUGGACGACGCUGGCAAAGCUGUUCCUUGUAAAACCCUUAGUGCCGGGAGCUCAGUACGUCCACGAGGAUUUUCUCGACGUUGCUGCGGGGAACUUCAAUAUGAUUCAAAACUUUGUGCAGCGUCGAAGCGCAACAUUGAUACUAGAUUAUUGUGCAGCUUGUUGUAUCAUUUGGAACUCUAUAUGGAAAGUCAAUGACCCCGAAGUAGUAUGCGAUAAUCCAGAACGACAAAUUAAAAUGAGAAAUCAAACAUUGAUUGUAUUCAUUGUACCUAUUUUAGUAUUUGUGACAUACAGAAAAACUUUUACGGUACUGAGUCAUGAGAGGGUUUCUGAUUAUAUCGACAGGAUCUUAGAGCAGUCGUGUGAGCAUACCGCGAGAGCUGCUUACGCUAUGCGGGACUUAACCGUGGAGUCCGACACCAUGUCUAUCAUCCUACACAGUGUUAAAAAGCUUGUUAAUUUAAAGGAGCAUUUCAAUGAUGCGCAAGCAAACUUUGUGUUCCAAGCCUUAUUCCACUUACUCCAAGAAUACAAUCCCAUAGAUGUUUACGGAGAUUUUAAGUCCGAAGAGAUAUUUGAAGAAACUGAAGAAAAGAACUUGGUGAUGACGUAUGUCAUGGACAGCGUAUUGGCUUUAGUAACGCAUCGAAACAUACACUGGCAUGAGAGCUUGGAAAUUGUCUGUUUGUAUAAUGUUGUGUUCAAUAUUUUGAAGAGGCCUAACUUAAGUUGUAAGUUCGUGGUAGUAUCUUUGAAAGUGAUUGGAUUAACAGUCAAGAAGUUCCUUCAGCCGAAUCUGUCGUUGCUCAUGGACUCUCAGCCAGGGACCGCGAUCGACGAGCUCGGCAAGCUGAUCUACAUGAAGAUGCAGGACCGUAACUGGGAGAUCCGGGACACGGCGCUCGAACUGCUGCUUGUGUGCACCGAGAUCUCUUACAUAAAGUUUCCUUCAUUCCAAAAGCUGCUUCUGGAGAAUAAUUUAAUAAACCUGUCUGCGACGGUCGCAUUCAACGACUACGAGGCGUACGUACAAGUAUCGGCUCUCAAGUGUGUCGCGCAGGCGAGUCGGGUCAACGCCUUCUGGGAACAGCUGACUGCCGAGUACCCUGAUAUGCUGGAUCGCUUGCUGACUAUCCUCCGCGACAAUCAAGAAGGCAUUGUUAGGAAAGAAGCUUGCAACGUUCUUUGCGAUUUAUAUCAAAACCUCAAAAUGACGCCGGCUUUCAAACAAACCCUGUACGAACACAUGGUGUCCGCCACACUCACAGACUUCCACUGGGAAGUCCAGAUCAGUGCUCUCAGGUUCUGGAAAAUUGUCUAUCAGUCACUACUCAAUGGACAAGGCAUGCUGGAUGGGACGUUUCCUCCAGUUACAUUUUCUAAGGAAUCGAGAAAAAUUGUCUCACUGAAUGAAGCCGAAAUACACAAACGGUUACUUAAAACAUUAGACGAACUAGCAGCUAUCGGGUGCUUGACAGUCUUCGUCACAUUACUGAGCGAUGACACUGAAGUGGAAAUCAUGGAUGCCACGCUCACCACAUCAAUGGAGCUAUACGAGAUUCUGAAUAAGUACAAAGUGCUUGAGAGCUUGGCGCCUAGGGAAGGCGACGUUACUAGUGUAGAGGAGCUACUGUGCCAUAUCAAACAGGAAAAAGAAAUCGUUGAUGAUUCCGUUAACAUGGAUGUCGGGCAAAACCAAGAAAAUGUUAUCGAUGACAUACUGAACGCCGACGAUGUCAACCUACUGGCUAAUAUAUACGAAAGACACAUGUCCUUACAACCUGAGACAAAAGAAUCAAAUCUAAAACCGAAAGUUAAACUCGUGAAAUUUGCUUCGCCAUACUUAUUCACGACGUUUAUAAAGAACACAGAUUUUAAACAGAUUAUAGAAGAAAAAAGAAUAUGGAAUGAUGGUAUACGAAGUUAUGCCUCGUUACUGGAUGACGUCCUCGGCUUGUACGAAAAUAAUCUGGAAGCUAACUCCUUAGAUUGUUACUAAUGUAAGAGCAUAAUCUGAAAUUAUAUGUAAUUGAGAGAUUAUAUUUUUGUAUACAAUUUACUUCUUUAAUUGAUUGAAGAAUCAAUAACAUGUAUAAACUUACAUAAUAUUAUUUGAUAUAAAGUACCAUGUUGCGUUAGAAGUA